AUGGGCGAUGUUUUUGGUGUUGUGGGGAAAUUCCCACAAACACAAGCCAACAUCCACCUGUUUACUGACUUUUCAAAGUCGAUCCCCAACUUCAGCAACCUCAUUACGAAACUCGAACGCGAACCAGAGUCACUAACGAGUUUUCUCAAGUCGAUGGAAAGUGCAGCGAAUGUGGCUUGUUGUGACGAUAUGGGGUCCCUCAAGCAUACUGGGCUUCAGUACAUGCUCAAUGACCACACCAAGGAUUGUUUCAACCCCCUGAUACUCAAGUCUCACAGUAAGGCCUUGCGAGGGUGGAACCACCCACAGACUGCACGGCUCUUAUGUCCUGCACGGGAUAUCACUGAGUUUGACGUGGAUCCUCAAUCUUAUAUGGACAAGGCGAAUGCAGGGGAGAAGAAGAUUAGUGCCAAGCAGUGGCCAUCGAUGUUCUAUGACAUGAGCUUGUACGAUCCGAAGAACAAGAAGAAGGGAUUCCUCUGA